AUGGGCGACUACCAUGGCGAACACCCGGACUCGUCAACUUGUUGGGACCACACAGUCGAUCAGCGAAUCGGCUUGAUUGCCGAUGGACUCAGCAGCAAUGACGACAUCCGCAAGAAGCUCCCCGGGCUGCGGACUCUGCUGAACCAGUACCUCAGCCCCGAGGUGACGGUCGAGGCCCCAGACUUUCAAAAGCGCCUGCUCCGCGUCUUUCGCGACUCUGAAUAUGACUUUGCGUACCAGGAGUGCCUCGAGAAGCUGACCGAAGACGAGAAGGAGCGCGUCGAGAAGUUUGUCGGCGACGACAAGCCCUUGAAAGAAGUGUCUCACGACUUUGACAUGUGCCUCAGCAUCGGCGUCCGCGAGCACCUGCAGCACCUCGUCGGCACCGACUGCGUGCAAGUCUCGUCGGCCGGCGUAAAGGUCCAAACCCUGGGUGCAUCGUCGACGGCCGCGAAUGGCGCUGCGCCGGCCGAGGUUGAUGUCAAGGGCCUGAGCGGCCGAGGCGCCCUCGAUUGGCUCAAGGACAAGGACGGCAUAUUCCACGCCUUCCUCCACAAGCUGAAAGACCUCUUCACCGGCCAUCACGAAGACCACAGAGUUGUUGUCUACAAAGACGCCGUGUUCGAGAACUGGGGCAAGGUGGUCGAGUAUGUGCCCCAGUACACGUGCAUCCCCAGCUCGGUUGCUGGAGUGCAGCGGAUCGUCAAGUACGCAAAGGACCACGACAUGGGUGUCCGGUGCGCAGGGUUCCGGCACUCAUGGGCGCCCAUCUUUGGCCGCAGCGGCCAGAUCACCAUCUCACUGCUCAGCCUGGCCGAAGCCACCAAGAUCCCCAACUUCACCGCCCUCUCCAAAGCUCUCCCCGAGUGGCUGCUCCACAAGACGGAGCUGCAGACCAUCGAGGUGCUGUCGGGCACUCCACGGGUCAAGGGAAACACGCUGGUGCGCGUGGGCGUGAGCACGACCAACGAGCAGCUGCGCCGGUGGUGCGUCAGCAAUAACAAGUACACGUACCCGCUCAACGUGAUCAUGGUCGAGAUGACGGUCGGCGGCACCAACGGGCCCAUCUGCCACGGCGCGGGGCGGCGCAAUAAGACGCUGAGCGACCUGGUGCGCAAGGUCGAGUACGUUGACUGCCACGGCAAGCUGCAGACGGUCGACGACGCGAGGCUGCUGCAGGCAGCGGCGGGCAGCUUUGGACUGAUGGGCGUCAUCACGCACCUGACGCUCGAGUUCGAGCCCAUGACGUACGCGCUGAUGAAGCCCGAGAAGAUCCCCGUGGUGCGGGCCAUCCCGCCACCGGCCGACCUGCGCGACGACGACAUUCCGCCGGCGCUGCGCGUCGCGGGGCUGACGGCGGCGGACAGGGCGGCGGACCUCGCACGUUUCGAGAGGCUGGCGACCGACUCGUAUUAUUCCGAGUGGUUCUGGUUCCCGUACUCGGAUAAGUGCUGGGUCAACUGCUGGGACACGACUACGGACGGGACAGGCGCCGUCGACUACCCCAGCGACACGCAGACGUUCCUCAUGUUCCUGUCGCAGUUCGCCAUGAACGUGCUGCAGAACGCGGCCAUCCUCGACGAGCUCAUCGCCUCGCUGCAGCUGACCGAGGCCGCCGUGACGCUCAUCUCCAAGGCCGCCAUGCUGGUGCUGCCGGCGUGGGACCAGCCAGUCAAGACGUACCUGCCCGACGCUUUGCACUUUCAGCGGGGGAUCCAGAACGUGCGCGUGCUCGACGUCGAGGUCGAGAUUCCGCUGCAGCCUGCGGCACCCGCAGUUGAGGAGGGGGGCAAGCUGACGGCGGCGAUCGACUACAAGGUGGUGCAGCGAGCGUGGUGGGACGCCAUCCUGGCGUGCUACCGGCACAGCGACACGUGCCCGCAGCGGAUGCCGCUCGAGAUGCGCGUCAUGGGCGGCAGCGACAUGAUCAUGGCGCCGCAGCGCGGCAACGAGCUGGGGACGUGCGCCAUCGAGGUACUGACGCUCGAGGCGGCGCGCGACCUGUGGGUGCCGUACGCCGAGGAGAUACUGGCGUCGUGGCUGUCGUAUACCGAUACCGCUGGCCAGAGCCUCCGCACGCGCCCGCACUGGGCCAAGCAGUGGGACGGCAUCACCGUCGAUGGCAAGCCGUGGGCUAACAGGAUGAAGAAUGUCGACUACAAGGACGCGCGCGUCGAGUUCAAGGCGCUGCUGGCCGAGAUUGGGAAGAAGCACGGCUGGACGCUGGCUGAUUUGAAGAAGCGCUUCUCCAACGACUUCUUCGACGACUUUUACUUUGACGACAUUUGA